CACAUAGAAGCAAUCCACCCACAACCAGAAAAGAAGGAAUGUGUUAAACUAUUGUAGAUGUGGUUGAGUUCAGAGUGACUUGUGUUAAUGGGAAAUAGCACAUGGGUGACAGAAUUCAUACUCACUGGGUUGACAGAGGACCCACACCUGCAGCUGAUCCUUUUUGUGAUAUUUUUUGCUAUUUAUGCCAUUACCUUGAUGGGAAAUGUGGGCAUGAUUGUCUUAAUCAGAACCAGUCCUCAACUCCACACACCAAUGUACUUUUUCCUUACCAGCUUAUCUUUCCUGGAUACCUGCUAUUCAACAACGGUCACCCCAAAGUUCCUAUCCAAUCUUUUAAAAGAGAAGAAGUCAAUUUCCUUUGCAAGUUGUUUUACUCAGCUUUACUUUUAUGCCAUAUUUGCCACCACAGAGAGCUACCUCCUAGCUGUGAUGGCCUAUGAUCGCUAUGUGGCAAUCUGCAGUCCACUACUCUAUUUGAUGAUAAUGUCCCAAAGAAAGUGUGUUCAGCUGAUAGCAGUUGCCUAUAUUGCUGGGAUCAUUAAUGCUUCUAUACACAUAAUCGCUAUGUCUAAACUAUCAUUCUGUGGCCCUAACUUCAUUAAGAAUUUUUAUUGUGAGGGUCCUCCCCUUUUUGCUCUUUCCUGCUCAGAUAUCAGUCUUAAUUAUCUGUUGGUUUUUAUACUCGUUGGCUUCAAUUUAAUAAUAACAAGCUUGACUGUUCUCACCUCCUACACUUAUAUCCUAGUCACCAUUUUAAAGAUCCACUCUGCCACAAGCCGUAAGAAAGCCUUCUCUACUUGUACAUCUCACCUCAUGGUCAUCACCAUUUUCUACGGAUGUCUCAGCUUUAUGUAUGUACGGCCAAGUUCUAGACAGAAUUAUAAUCUAGACCAAAUGGCCUCAGUGUUCUAUGUAGUGGUGACUCCCAUGCUCAACCCAUUAAUCUACAGCAUGAGGAACCAGGAGGUAAGGCGUGCUUUCAGAAAUAUCCUAGAAAAGAAAUUUCAUAUUAAACACUUUUAAGAGUCAUUGUUUUGGGGCAAAAUUUAGUUUUACAUAAAGCUGUUCUAUUAGCAAAUGGUUUUUUCAUUAAAUAAUAUUCCACUAUGCCAUUCAGCUUCCUUAGGGCUCUGAUAGUAACUAUAUAUUUACUUUUGAGUUCAAAAAAUGAAAUUUGAAAUCUAAAGAAAACGUAUCCUACUUCGGAUUGGCUAUCAUGUCUGAUUUAUUAUUAUCAAUUAGAAAGAAAUAACAGACUCUGCUCUUUGCUGUUUACAAGGCAAGAAACAGAGCACAGACAGGAGGAAAAAGAACAGAGAUAAUAAGUUCUUCAAGUUAGAACAAAGCUGCCAUUUAUAUCUGGCUUAAUCCAGGCUGAUCUUCCCUUUUCAGUGUUCAUAGCUGGAUAGCGGUCAUUCAAGCAUAUCAGACACACCUAUUGCUCUUUGUACCUCAGUACCACAGCAAAAGCCAGUUGGAGCCAAAUGUACUCCUAUUUGGUAAGGACAAAUAUUAGAUGGUACAUAUGUUAUUUCAGCUUGUUUUAACAAGCUUCCUGAAAUCUACUUUUAAAGGAGAAGUUAUCCAUUCCAAGGGGAAAUAAUCUGUAAACUCAGAUCAAAAUAUGCUGUGAUAAACUGUGGCACUGGGAAUUUAUGAAUAUGUUUAUAAGUCACUGACCAUGGGAAGAUGUGAAAAUUAGAAGGGAAAUCAAAUCUUUAUGCCUUUUGUGUAGGCAACAUCUGCUUCCAAAAGAACCUGUGUUGAAUUAAGAUCAGCAGCAACAAAGCAAGACAACACAAAGGAGUCCCAUUUCAUUAAGUUAAGUAUGACAAAAAUUAGGGAUUCCAAACUGAUGAAGGCAUUUAGCAAAUCCUUGUGGACAAGGGGAGGGAAGAGAAAGACUGUCUCUUAUCCUGCCUGUUCACAGUAGAAUAUACUCUUCUAGAAGGAAGGAUGUGUAGGUUUUUGGGUUUUUUUAUAAUUUUGAUAUAGUACUAGAAAAGGAAAUAUACUGUAUAUAUGUUGAUUCAAAUAUAAUUAAACCAAUAUAAAAGAAUCUUUUAAAACAACAAAAAAUAAAAAGGCAUCCUCCAAAAGUAAGUUAAAUAUAAACAGUGGUGGGAUUCAGCCAGUUCGCACCAGUUCGGCAGAACCAGUAGCUAAUUUUUUGUUGCCCAGACUCAGAAUGGACUUCCGGAAGUGGCAUCCACACAGAGAACCGAUUGUUCACAUAUUUGAAUCCAUCACUGAAUACAAGCCAAUAUUAUUCAGCACUUGUGAUAUCUAUAAUAAAUUGCUAUAAUAUAAUUUUUAAACAAGUUGAACCUGACUCAGAAUUGUAUUUUUUAGGCUUUAUGUCAAUAGACAGCCAGUUCAAAGAUUGAGAGUUGACACAUUUAAUCAAGCCAAACUGUAGUCUCUUUCACAGAAGUAAUUUCCAGGAACACAUAAUGCUCUUUGAGUAGCAGUCCAACUUUAAUAUAAAUUCAGAAUCUUUCAUGAAUAGGCAAGUUCAAUUUUUUUUCAAGUAUAAUUACAAAAUCAAUACAUUUUAAUUUUCUUCCAAGAAUCUGGUACUUCCAAGAAUCUAGUUAACACUGUUUAACCAAUACAAAACUUAGACCAUGUAAUACAUUUACAUUAUAUUUCCAAUGUAAGAUCAACAAAGGUUUUCUUAAAUAUCUGUUGAGUACAAUGAACCCAAAGAAGAAUUUUAAUGUAUUGACCUUGUUUUAAAUUCAUAAAUACUAUUCUUAAUAAGUACAGUUGAUAUUUCUUAAAAGUUGAGAUCAAUUAUUUUAUAAUAUAGGAAAAUCUAGUUCUCUGUUCCAAUUAUUUUUAUAUUGUUAAUAUUUAUUUUUUUAUUGUGGGUGAAAUGGAAUUGCUGUUUUAGCUUCUAAAAAAAUCUUAAUCUGUGGCAUUCAAAUCCAUAGAAGUUUCCAAGCAGUUCAUCCUAAACUUCACAUCAUAUGAGUAGGACAAAUACUUUGGUGGUAUAUAUUGCUAUUUAGAUAUAGUUUUUUGGAAUCUUUCAAAAGUCUUGAAAGUUUGAUGAGAAUCCAUUUUUAUAAUAUGUUCCACAAAUCUAAUUUGUAUUGUAUCAAGGGCUUUUCCUAUAUCUAAUAAGGCCACAAUGUCCAUUAUAUAUUUUUCAGAAUGUACUAUUUAAUCGAUCUACCAAUUAUUUGAUAUUAUCAGAAGCUUCAGAAAGCCAGCAUUUAAAGGAUAAAUUAUUGGUAGUAAUACCUUCAACAAUAUUUGUGUCAUAGUUGCAAUCAAAAUUAUUUUAUCUAUGAUCCUGGGCAAUCCAUUUCUGUUGUCAAACUAGCUAUAACACAAACCUUAUGUAAUAAAUCAGUCCCAAUAAAAAGUAGCCAUACAUUUAUUAAUUACAGAGGUUGCAAAUUUCAGUUCAGAUUCCAAUUCAGUGGAAUGUUUUGAGUUACUCUAUAAAAAUAUCACGAACUACAAGAUACAAGGAUCUGUAGGAACAGAUGCGUUCAUAUUUUUUUGUAUUUUGCAAAAUUCUGUUCUUACACUCAGAAGUUUCAAAUGGCAGUGGUCCAUUAAAAAAGAAUAAAAUAGAUUAAUAUCAGAAUGGAGAAGAAUAGUAUUACUGUUUCAGGUUUUAUUAUACUCUGUCAACACUCAGGAGAUCAGAAUCUACACUAGUGUAAGAAUGCAUCAGAGUCCAGUGGGAGUCGGGCACAUAUAAUUUACAGUAGUAGUAGUAGUAGUAGUAGUAGUAGUAGUAGUAGUAGUAGUAGUAGUAGAAGUAGUAGUAAUUACUAUUAUUAAUGAUAUAUAAUAAUUAUUAUUAUCAUUACAUCAUUUUGCAUUGAAUUUCCUUGGGUAUAAAACCAUUGCAUGUGACAGUAACAUCCUAGCAUUCAAAGGGUACUUCCUAAUUCAUGAUCCCCAACAUUAUCUCUUCCUGUUGUUUUGUUUUGAAAAAUAUAACAUAAAAUAAAAUACAGAAGUAACAAUAAAAUGGGAGAGUAACUCAUGGAGUACCUAUCAUUCAAAAUAAUAUUUUAUUAGUAAGUGUGAUUGUAUAAUAAAAGCCUAAUUUGU